AUGGUAGACCAACCAACGAAAUCCCUCUUGGAGUACGGUAUUCCUGAUACGACUACCGGAGUCCUUUCAAGCAUCAUAAGACCACCAGUCACGGCUCAACACUUCGAGCUCAAGCCACAGUUCAUAUCCAAUGAUUCAUUCGCAGGGCUACCACAUGAUUGCCCCGUAAGUCAUAUAGAUAGCUUUUUAGAGAAAUGUGAUACUAUGAAGUUGAAUGGUGUUACAGAUGAUGCAAUCAGACUACGCCUUUUCCCCUUCUCACUUCGAGACAGGGCAAAGGAGUGGUUAAGAGAUGAAGGCACUGGCUCGUUCGAUACAUGGGACAAGUUAGUGAAGGCCUUCCUAGUGAAGUUUUUAGGGAAUGAGAAGACUACAAGAUUGAGGAAUGACCUACAAACUUUUAAGCAGUCAAAUGAUGAGUCUCUCUAUGAGGCUUGGAAGAGAUUUAAAAGAUUGCAGAGACAAUGCCCUCACCAUGGCAUUCCAGAUUGGAUUUUGAUGCAGACCUUUUACAAUGGCAUGACUCAUGAGUUCCGUAUUUACAUAGAUGCUGCGUCAGGAGGUUCUCUCUUGACAAAGAACCCCACUGAAGCUAGGGAGCUCAUAGAAAAGAUGGCGGCCAAUGAUAACUAUCAUCCUGGAGGCCGAAACACUGUGAAAAAGGGAGGUAAACUUGAUGUUGAUGCUUUAACUAUGCUAACUAGUUCUGUGCAGGGUCAUGUUGCUCCAGAUUGCCCACAGAUUUCGCAGAAUACGGAAGAGAUGUCAAUCGAGCAAGCCAAUGCUUUCUACUCCUCUAACCCAAAGAGACCUUAUGACCCUUAUUCCAACACCUACAAUGAAGGAUGGAAACACCAUCCUAACUUCUCAUACAAAAAUUCCCAGGCACAACAAAACCCUCCACCACCACCUCCACCCAACACCUACAACCAACCACCACCUGGUUUCCAACAGAAAACACCCAAUGCCCACCAACCAAUGCAACAACAACCUCAGAAAUCAAGCCUAGAGGUGACAUUAGAGAGCUUUAUAACCGCAACAAACAGUGCCAUCCAACAUCUAAAUAGCUCUAUCCAACAGCUGCAGGCUCAGGGUAAACUUAUGGAGAAUCAGAUAAGCCAAUUGGCCAACCAAUUUAGCCAAGCCCUAAAGACUCCAGGAACCUUCCCGGGCCAGACUGAACAAUCUCAAAAAGGCCAAAUGAAUGUCGUCACCCUGAGGAGUGGAAAGCAGUUAGAAGAUCCUCCUACCAAGGAGCCAUCAAGAGAGGUCAUUGAAGAAGUGAGUGCAAGUGAGAAGGAAGUAGAGGAUGCUAGGGUCGAGGAAGCAUCAAAGGAAGCACCACUAAAGCCACCUGCUCCAUAUAUGCCUAAGGUUCCUUUUCCUCAAAGAUUAGCACAAGCUAAACUUGAGAAAAAGUUUAGUAAGUUCCUCGAUGUUCUUAAAAAGCUUCAUAUUAAUAUUCCAUUCCUAGAUGCCAUAUCUUAG